AUGGUUGAGCCCGCAGUUUUGGAAAAACUCGAAGCCGCAUGGAAGAAAUUGUGUGCGACCGAGUCGAAAUCUCUACUUAAAAAAUAUCUCACCCAAGAAAUUUUCGACAAGUUGAAAACGAAGAAGACGUCAUUCAAUUCCAGUCUUUUGGACGUCAUUCAAUCCGGUGUUGAAAAUCCCGACUCCGGUGUCGGUAUCUACGCUCCCGAUGCUGAAUCCUACAGCGUUUUCGCCGAUUUGUUCGAUCCCAUCAUCGAAGACUACCACGGAGGAUUCAAGAAGACUGACAAGCAUCCACCCAAGGAUUGGGGCGAUGUCAACUCUUUGGGAAACUUGGACCCCACUUCGGAAUUUGUCAUUUCGACGAGAGUUCGAUGCGGUCGAUCCAUGGAGGGUUAUCCAUUCAACCCGUGUUUAACGGAAGCUCAAUACAAGGAAAUGGAAGAAAAAGUUUCAUCAACUUUGUCCGCUUUGACGGGAGAAUUGAAGGGUUCCUUUUACCCCCUCACGGGAAUGUCGAAAGAAGUACAGCAAAAAUUGAUCGACGAUCAUUUUCUUUUCAAAGAAGGUGAUCGUUUCUUGCAGGCUGCCAACGCUUGUCGUUUCUGGCCGACCGGUCGUGGUAUUUACCACAACGACGACAAAACAUUUUUGGUUUGGUGCAACGAGGAAGAUCACCUUCGUCUUAUUUCAAUGCAACCCGGUGGCGAUUUGGGAGCCGUUUACCGUCGUUUGGUAAGUGCCGUCAACGACGUCGAAAAGAGAAUUCCGUUCUCUCAUCACGACCGUCUCGGUUUCCUCACUUUCUGUCCGACCAAUUUAGGUACGACCGUACGAGCUUCGGUUCACAUUAAAUUACCCAAAUUAGCAGCCAACAGAGCAAAAUUGGAAGAAGUAGCCGGAAAGUUUAACUUGCAGGUUCGUGGUACUCGAGGUGAACACACCGAAGCCGAAGGUGGAGUUUACGACAUUUCAAACAAGAGACGUAUGGGUUUGACGGAAUACGAAGCCGUGAAAGAAAUGCACGACGGAAUCGCCGAACUCAUCAAGAUCGAAAGAGAACUCAAGUAA